GUUGUGCAUAUUUUGAACAUUACCGAUACCUGCAAGGUCAACUAUGCCAAAGUACUAUUGUGACUACUGUGAUACCUACCUAACUCAUGAUUCUCCAUCCGUAAGAAAAACGCAUUGUGGUGGUAGAAAUCACAAGGAUAAUGUAAAGGAAUAUUAUCAAAAAUGGCUGGAAGAACAAGUCCAAAGAUUAGUAGAUCACACAUCUGAAGCAUACAAGCAGGGUAAAAUGCCUCCACCACUAUUUGGCGCUGCAGCGGGUAUACCACCUCCUGGGCUUGGUUAUCCUCCUCGUUAUCCUCCUAUGAUUGGUGUUCCAACUGGCUUCAGACCACCCCACCCACUAGUUCCUCCACAGGGCAUGAUGAUUCCACCCAGACCACAGAUCCCAUGGCCUCAGCCAGGAGUUGCAGUCCCUCCGACAUACACUGUCCCACCACAGUAACAUGAUAAAAUGACGAUCGUUUUCAAUAUGUCACUAUGUACAACCAUUAUGUAAUCGUCUAAAAUUCGAU